AUGCCUCGAUAUCCUAAGGUAGACGAAGCCCUCUUCAUAUGGUUUCUGCAGAAACGCCAACAUGUGCCGGUGAGUCAGGAAAUGUUGCAAGCACAAGCAAAGAUUUUUUUCAACAAAAUUGAGGGUGAAGGAGAUUUUGGCAGUCGAGGAUACAUUGAAAAAUUUAUCCAAAGGCAUGGAAUUCGUUUGCUAAAAAUCACUGGGGAAAAGUUAUCAAGUAAUGUUGCGGCUGUUGAAGAUUAUGUUAAAACAUUUUCAAAAAAGAUGCGAGAUAAGCAACUGUCUCCAUGUCAAAUAUUCAACGCCGAUGAAAGUGGCUUGUAUUUUAAAAAUACUCCCACUUCCACCUUUGUUGAUAAGAAUGCUUCAUCAGCUCCGGGAAGGAAGGUAUCUAAAGAACGUGUUACCUUUAUGCCCUGCUCCAAUAUGGAUGGAACAUUGAAGCUUCCUUUAAUGCUGAUUGGGAAAUCUCAAAAACCGAGAGCGCUAAAGCAUGUUAAACAACUUCCUGUUUAUUAUUCGGCUUCGAAAAAUGCUUGGAUGACGCAAUUUUUGUUUAAGAAGUGGUUUUUCGAUGAAUUUGUGCCACGAGUUACCAGAUUUUUGGAAGCGUCUAAUCUUCCUGUCACUGCCGUGUUGGUUCUAGACAAUUGCUCUGCCCAUUUUAAUGGGGGACAAUUGCAGACAGAAGAUGGAAAAAUCUGGACCGAAUUUCUUCCUCCUAAUACUACCGCUGUGGUUCAACCAAUGGACCAAAAUAUUAUUCAAUCCAUCAAAGCACGCUAUCGGAAGACGAUGAUGCAAGAGAUGUUGGGACGAUCAGGCGAGUUUCAUGAGAAUGUUAAGAACAUCAACAUCAAGGACGCAAUUUUCUGGGUGGCUCAGGCAUGGGAUUGUGUUUCAGGUGAAUCUAUUAGGAAGUCGUGGAACAUGCUUUACAAUCCGAACCACAGCGAAGAUGAAGAUGAUUUGCCGCUGUCUGUUCUCCGAGAUAAUUUGAAGAGUAUUUCCCGGAAAAUUCUUGAGCCACGGAAUGAGGAAGACGAAGACGACAAUUUCGAAUACCUGAAGGACGACGAUAUUGUGGAGGGUGUUCUCAACCCUGAUAAAGAUUGCAACUCAUACAAUGGUAAUGAUUCGACGUUGCCGACAAUCGAAGAAGAUGCAAGCUUUGCUGAUGAAGCGGCCCACGAACAGGGUGAUAAUGGCAACGAUGAAAGUGCAUUGAUUUCGCAUCAGACAGCCAUAAACGGAGUUGAUGUGGUUCUGAGGUACGCAGAAGAAAAUGGAUGGUCUCUUGAAACGCAAUUCCGUUUGCGCCAAAUGCGGAUUGACAUUUUUGAAAAGGUUGCCAGUGAUAAAUUGUAA